UGACCUGCCCCCACCCCCACCCUGCUCCCUCACAGUGAACAACUGGUUGGCGACCGUCACGCUGGGCCAGGCGGGCAUGCACGCCACAUACUACCACAAAGCCAGUGACCAGCUGCAGGUAGGCGUGGAGUUUGAGGCCAGCACGAGGAUGCAGGACACGAGUGUCUCCUUCGGGUACCAGCUGGACCUGCCCAAGGCCCACCUGCUCUUCAAAGGCUCCGUGGACAGCAACUGGAUCGUGGGCGCCACCCUGGAGAAGAAGCUGCCCCCGCUGCCCCUGACGCUGGCCCUCGGGGCCUUCCUGAACCACCGGAAAAACAAGUUCCAGUGCGGCUUCGGCCUCACCAUCGGCUGAGCCCCCCACCUCGCCGCCACGCCCUUCCUCCUCCAGAUCCCCCCCUCCCUUCCCUCCUCCUCGGGUCCCGGGGGCAGCGGAAAGGAGGGGAUCCGCCACCCCAGCAGCUGAGGGGGGACUCUGGAACCGGCUCCAGGAUCGGGAGCAGCAGGGGCCAUGUGCCCAGGGGGCUGGGGUCCCGGAAGGGGCUCCAGAGUCGAGGACAUGGGGUUCUGGGCACCAGGGGCAGAGGGGCCACAAACCUCAGGGAGGUGUUGGGGUGUCCCCGUCCCCCAAGGGCCCUGGGCCCGGCCCCGGGGGGCAGCAAGGAGAGGAGCUGCCAGCCCCGGUCACUCCGCCCGCCCGCCUUCCCUCCCCCCCCUCCUCGGUAGAAAUCAUGUUUAUAAGUUAUGGAAGAACCCGGACAUUUUACAGAAAAAGACAAAAACAAGAACAAAAAAUAUACAUAAAAAACCAAGUGAAGUGG